CUCUGGAGGGUCACCGGGGUGAUAGUUACAUUGUUAUGUAUACGUGGCGGAUGCAGCAGUAUCGGAACGACGUCGAAACUUUGUUUCCCGAAUGAAUUCCUCUUCGGCGUCGCGACAGCCUCAUAUCAAAUUGAAGGCGCGUGGAAUGUCUCUGGCAAAGGUGAGAACAUUUGGGACAGGUAUACUCACACUCGUCCAGAGCGUAUCUUCGACCACAACACCGGCGACGUGGCCGCCGACUCCUACCACCAUUACAAGCAGGACGUCAAGCUACUCAAGGACCUGGGAGUCAGUUUCUACAGGUUCUCUAUAUCGUGGUCCCGGAUAUUGCCUACAGGACUUACCAAUGAAAUAAAUCAAGACGGCAUAAAAUACUACAAGAAUGUGAUCGAGGAGCUUCGUCGGAACGGCAUCGAGCCGCUGGUGACCAUGUACCACUGGGACCUGCCGCAGCCGCUGCAAGACCUGGGCGGCUGGACCAACCCCGUCAUCGCUGAAUACUUCUUCGAUUACGCAAAGGUCCUCCUAGAUAACUUCAGCGAUAGCGUCAGGUUCUGGUUAACAUUCAACGAGCCGUUUACGUUUUGUCACGACGGGUACGGCGGCAGCGACGCGCCCGGCGACCGCUCCAGCGGCAUGGAGGACUACCUGUGCGCGCACACCGUGCUGCGGGCGCACGGGGCCGUCUACCGCAUGUUCCACAGAUAUUACAAGCCGAUAAACAAUGGUUUAAUGGGCAUAACGCUCGACCUAGCCUGGAUUGAACCCGCGUCCACGUCGGUGGAGGACCGCGAGGCCGCCGAGAUCGCACGACAGUUCAUCUUUGGAUGGUACGCGCACCCAAUAUUCACAAAGGAUGGUAAUUAUCCUCCUGUCAUGCGCAAGUUGAUAGACGAAAUGUCAACACGGCAGAACUUUGUGAGGUCACGUCUACCCCACUUCACUAUUGAGGAAGUGGAGAUGAUCCGGGGCGCUUACGAUUUUAUGGGAUUAAACCACUACACAACGUACCUGGCUACGAAGACCAGUCGGCCGAUCAGUCCUAUACCCUUCUUCGACGCCGAUAUGGGAGUGAAGUUAUCACAGAACAAGGAUUGGCCUAAAUCAAACUCUACAUGGUUGAAGGUGGUACCAUGGGGCCUCAGGAAGACACUCAAUUGGAUUAAGAGCACAUACAACAACCCUCCAGUGCUGAUCACCGAGAACGGUAUAUCUUUGGAACCAGGUUUACACGAUCCACGCCGAAUCAACUAUAUAGACGGAUAUUUGAGAGCCCUUCACGCAGCUAUAACCAAAGAUGGAUGUAACGUAUACGGGUACACCUACUGGAGUCUUUUAGAUAACUUUGAAUGGACCAGAGGAUACUCUGAGCGGUUCGGUCUGUUCGAGGUGGAUUACAAUUCAGAUGAACGCGUCCGCACGCCGCGACAGUCAGCCGCGUACUACUCAAAUAUUGCUACCACAAAAUGCUUACCCGAUACAUACUCCGGAUAUAAAUUAUAG